UGACCAUUGUUGUCCGCGGCUUCAGAUGACACCAGGGGUGUGUUGUUUAAAUAUCGCUAGACGGACCAUCGAUUGUCUUUGACAUUCUAGUUAUCUUUUUUUUUUUGCACCUUUAUUCGCCAUCAAAGGAGCGCAGCCAGGGUCAAAUGAAAGUGCUGAGAGCCGUGAUGCGAUCUUUUUGGGUUCUUACUCUCGUCUCGUCUCAUUUCUGUGAACCCCCCCUUUGGCCCUUUUCCGCCUCACCACAACCUCCUCUCCACUCAUUCCUUCACUUGAACACACCAUGAUGUCGUCCGACAACCCAUCACGCAACAAGAUCCUCGUUGUCGGCAGAAGAGGCGUCGGCAAACUUUCGCUCGUCCAGUCGAUCUUGGGGUCAAGAUUCGUGCCCACCACUUCCGUCUCAAAGUCCCGUCCUUCGUCUCCAUUGAUCCUGCCUGCGAUUCCUGUCCCGACGAUCGAGGAAACGAUUGUCGAGGAGCACGGUGCGCUCAGUCAGGGCUUUUCGGCGCAUACGCCACCAAAUCAUGCGGAUGACCAGUCGGACCCAAUGUCAACUUCUAUGCCGUCCUCAUUAUCGUCCAUGUCUUUGUCAUCUUCGUCCCAAAACACACAGGAGGGAUCCUCUCAGGAACAACAGCGACCUCAGAAACAGCAGCAGCAGCAGCAGGACUCGCAGGACUCGCAAAACAGCACCCCUGAGUCGAGUUUUCCUGCAGGGUCACAAUUCACACAAGGUCGACCCAAGUUGGACCAUUCUGGAGUGACAAUCCCAUGGACGAUCGACACAAAAUAUUAUUCUGUUCAGGUGGAUUUCUGGAUCGACGAAACCGAGGCACAGGGGAGGGCUGAGGUCGAGAGACUGAUUGUAUCAGGAGAGCUGGACGAGAUGGGCGCUGUGAUUGAGGCGGUCAUCUUUUGCUUUUCGAAGAACGAGGUUGGUACAAAACUGGACUUUGGAUGAUUUUGUUUUUGGUCUGUCGAUCCCUCUACUGACUAUGUCGCGAUUUUUUUUUUUUUUUUUUAUUCAUUGGACACACAUAGCC